AUGACUUCUAGCUAUGCACAUGUAAUGGACAGGCAAGCUACGAUAUCAAACCGGCUGGAGAGUCCGAUCACGUCUAACCUGGACAACCUGCAAGCCAAAAAGAACUUCUCAGUGAGCCACCUGUUGGAUCUGGAGGAGGCCGGGGAAAUGGUGGGAACCCAGGCCGACGAGAGUGUCGGGGAGGCGGGGAGGAGUAUGCUGGAGUCCCCGGGGCUGACCAGCGGGAGCGACACAACCCAGCAGGAGAAUGAACAGAUGAACACAGAGGAGAAGAAGAAGAGGAAGCAGCGCAGGAACAGAACCACGUUCAACAGCAGCCAGCUUCAGGCUCUGGAGAGAGUGUUUGAGAGGACACACUACCCCGACGCCUUCGUUAGGGAGGACCUGGCCCGCCGGGUCAACCUCACCGAGGCCAGAGUGCAGGUUUGGUUUCAGAACAGGAGAGCUAAGUUUCGUCGGAACGAGCGCGCGAUGCUGGCUAGCAAAAACGCCUCGCUGCUCAAAUCCUACUCAGGAGACGUGACGGCGGUGGAGCAGCCCAUCGUACCGCGUCCCGCACCGCGUCCAAACGACUACCUGUCCUGGGGCAGCGCCGCCCCCUACAGCUGGUAUCCAAUGCCGGAGGGGGGGCCGGUGCGAGUGCCACAGAAAAUGCUGCCCUCAGAGAACAACGCCAUGGCAACCUACCCGCCCACCUGCUCCAACACCAACGCGUCGCAGGGAAUGAACAUGGCCAACAGCAUCGCCAACCUGCGGCUCAAAGCCAAGGAGUACAGCUUGAACCAGGUGCCCACGGUCAACUGA